AGGAAAGGUGUCCAACGGCACUUUUUAUUUUACUUGUCUCUAAACUACAAUGCCGAUAUCGGGACAAAUUAUCCGACUAUUUGUCAGGUCAAGAAUAUGUGGACAAGUUGCAACAGACCCUCCUUUUAUUACGGCGGACAAUGUUGAGCACUACCUGGCCACUGAUGACACACUAGUCCACUUCUUCAAUGACUUCCUGAGCUUGCCGUCGUUCCCAGUGGCCCUGUCCUACAACCAGGACAGCGGUCUGUUUGAGGUUGAGACGGGAGCCUCUGAGCUGGUCUCCCGGAGGAUCUCGUCCGUACUGCAGGAGAGGAAGUCCAGCGGGCUGUCAGAGGACCAAGCCUUGUUGGCCUUCAGCGGGUCCCUCGUAGACAACCACUACACCGUCCACUUCCUGGACAAAAUGCAGGGACUCCCGUGGAUCAUAGCAGAGCGUUUGCCAUUGUUUGUUCAAAGUGAUUGCUACUUUGAAUACAGACUAGCCAAACUUCUCUCUCAAUGGGACUCGAGCCCCCGUGUGCGGAAGAUGGAUGACCACUCAUUUAGGGGCUCCCUGUCCGACCCGAGAACCCCCACCAGCAGAGGGGAGGAGUCCAUGCACCGAUGCCUUUCAACGCCACCAGCCUCCCACGACUAUGGUCCGGAUGAAGUGGGGGGCCCGAAAACUCCAUCCACCCUCCCCUCCUUGUUUACCUCACCCCUAACUCAUGAUGACCUUCCAGCUGACCAGACCCUGUCAGCCCAGAGGCCGGAUCGGAUACUGUACCUGGAGGACUUUUCUCGGCUCUCCUGCUCUGAGCCCCGCCCCCAGGGUCCUGGGGCACCCAAGUCUCUGGUCUUGCCUCUCCAGUACAUGGCUGCCAGUGUCUGCAGUCGCAACUUCAUAACCACAGGGAUACAGAUGGAGGAGAAGAUGGAUGGAGAACCGGGAAGAAGGGAUUUGAUUUUGGAGGAGGGUGAAGAGGACGAGGAGCAGGAAGUGGAGGAGGAGAUAGUAGUAGAAGAGGAUGAAGAGGAUAAGGAAAAUAUGGAGGAAGGGUACGAGGACUUAGCCAAGAAAAACGUCUUUGACAUUUGUUGCCAGGGCGCCCGUCUCCAUGGCGGCCGGCAGGGCCUGGAUGAGUUCAAGGAAUUCCUGCGGGACACUCCUGGUGAGAGAGUCUUCCAUCUGUGGAUGGACAUUGAGCGGCUGACCAGUACCCAGCACUGGGAGAGGAAGGACAGACAUUUGGUGUUGAUGAGAAGUCGAUACAUGCAGAGCAGCAGCCAGUGCAGCCUCAAUGCAGAGCUGCUCUUUCGACUGGGGCUCACCACUCCCCCCUGCUGGACAGAGGAGAAACUGCGCCAGGUUCAGCCUCGUCUCACCGAGGCGCUCCUAUGCUACUGGGCCCCCAGGUUCUGGAUGUCCCAGUGGACCCAGGAAGACGGCGAGGGGCCUGCCGCUCUCCCAGGGCCGUGCACGGAGAGAGAGUGUUUCCCCAGUACAAGCAUGGAGCGAAUGCUACAGGCCCUCCACGCAGACUCCCACGCUGGACUCUACUUCACCCACUUCUGUGAAGACUCUGGAAACCAACUCUGGGAGAACGCUGUCCAUUUCUGGAGUGACCUGCAGCGAUACCACCAGCUGUUCUACCAGGACAGUCUGGACCCAUACACAGUACAGAGACAAGCACAGCAUCUGUUCUCGAGGUUCCUGAGCGGCUCGGCGUGGGCGUCUGUGGGCGUGGCGGAGGACCAGAGGCUGGGGGUGUACGAGUGUCUGCGGCCCGCCUUCGAAGAGCUCUUCGACCAGGUAGAGGAGCACAUCCUGGACCUGCUUCUGGAGCCCUGGACCCUGCUGGUCACCAGAGACACGCUGUCCUACCAGACGGUGUGUGUGCAGGAGAAGGUGCGUCAGCUGGACAAUGCAGAGUUCAGGGAGCUGCAGGUCCUGCAUGAGGAGACCCAGCUCAGACUGAGGGAGCAGGCCCGGCCCCCCUCAUCUCCCUGCCCUACCCCUCCACCCUCCGCGGGCCCCCCAAUGCAGCCCAACCCAUGGGCCAAGGUCUUGCCGCGUUACCGUGGUUACCGUCUGGGCUCCCUGCUCCGCAGCAGCCGGGAGAUCCAGCAUUUCACCUCCUUCCUGGAGCAGCGGGAGGUCAGCAUUCACCUGCGCUGCUGGCUGGACCUGGAACAGUACAGACGGACCUCUCACCGAGACAAGGCGACCCGAGAGUGGAGGUCAUCUGAAAUCGCAGACAAAUACCUCAACAGGAAGUACUUCCUGGGACCCGACAGCCCGGCUACAGCGGUCCAGCAGAACGAGAUAUUACACCGUGCAGGGGGACAAGAGAGGUUAAAGCGGGAGUGUCUGUCGGACACUCUGGUCGGGGAGAUCCAGGCCAUCGUCAGGACCCAUAUUGAACAAACAUGGCUGCCUCUUUUCCUGGCCACCGAAGAAUUCAUUGAAAGACAGAACGACAAGCUCCAGGCAGCUGCCGGGCCUUCAGAGCGGGAUAACCACAAAAAGAAGAGAGCAUCCAGGAAGUCCAGCUCAGGCCUGUGGAUGAGUUCCUCCAAGGAGAUCCUGGUCCUGCGCCGGGUGCUCCUCAGCCCCACGUCCUGCGGACACUUCCGGCGCUUCGCCGCCCUGCAUGGGGACUUCCUGGAGAACGAUGUGCUCUUCUGGCUGGAGGUCCAGAAGUACAAGGACCUGUGUCACUCCCACAGUGACGAGGCGACCAUCCAGAGGAAGGUGUCCAACAUCAUCAGCUGCUUCAUCAGCUCCAGCGUGCCCCCCGCCCUGCAGAUAGACAUCCCCCCCGGGCAGGCCUGCAGCAUCCUGGAGAUGCGCAAGACGCUGGGCCCCUACAUCUUCAGGGAGGCUCAGAUGUCCGUGUUCUCCGAACUGCUGAAGCUGUGGCCAGACUUCCAGGCUCUGAGGAGCAGCGUCCGUGAGGAGCAGCUCCUCUCCGUGCUGGAGGAGCAGGAGCAGAAACACAGAGCCAGCCUGCAGCGACGCAGGAGGAGGCAGGCCAAGUUGGAGCAGAAGAACGCACAGGAGAGACAGCCGAGUUCAACAGAGGAGGAGGAGGAGGAGGAGCCUGAGCAGGAGGAGGACGACGACGACGUUGAGGAGGAAGACGACAAGUCGGACGGUGACAAAGAGGACCGGCUGACCGACUUGAGCCAAGCGCUUCAAUUUCCCACGCAGCAGUUGUCGUGGUCCUACUCCAAGUACAUGAGGGCGCUGAAGAGAACUGAAGAGGAGCUACAGCCCAGGAGAAAGGGUCAGCAGGAGAACACAUCACGCUCCACCACGGCCUCAGACUCCUCCUCCUCCAGGAGCAGCAUCGACUCAUUGGUCAGCCGACGCAGUCCCAAGCAUUCCUCGCGCUCAUCCCUCCAGCUGAGGUAG